AUGAAUGAAUGUUCGAGUGGUCGGCUCGUGUCUUUUCUGGUCGAAGGAGAUGAUGUUGUAUCGUGUGAAGUGUGCCUCGAGCCGUUCCAGCCGGUACAUCGUCCACCGAAAAUUCUCCCAUGCGGUCAUAACUUUUGCGAUCAAUGCUUGUUUAGUCUAUGUUGUCAUCAACAGUAUUAUUUGCUCGAUUCUAUCCGCUGCCCUACCUGUCGAGCUUCGUUCUCGGCUGAUGUGGCAAAGGUCGCGCCAACCAACUGGGACCUAUGCAAAAUCUUGGAAAAUGUCCAAAAAGGUCGCGAAGUGAAUGUGACAGUUAUCCAUGUGCCCGACACUCCCUCUCGAGUUCUUCCAAGUACGUCGAAUUCGGAGAAAAGUCGUGGUUCCAUGGAACAGAGUAGCACCUCUAGCAGUCAUAGAGAAAGAUGCGGUGAUUGCAAACGUAAACUUCCAUCGAAAGUGCUAGCCAAAGCUGCUAGAUUUUGUCAAAAUUGCAAUAGCAAGGGCACAAUGACAUUCUUUUGCCUCGAAUGUUGCGUGAACAAACAUAACGGACAUUUCUUGUCUUCUUUAUCGCAACUGCAAACUGAACAGUUCAAGGUUCUGAACGAACUCCGAGAUUUGCAACGAAAUCUGCGCGAUAACCUUCGCAAUUCCACAUUCGCAAAUGGACUCGCUGAUCUAUCCGUCAUCAGUUUCGCCGAGAAUCCGUUGAGCAGUGGUCUAACCGCAUUAAACGAAGCGAUUCAAUUAGUCGAAUCGACAACUGUUCUUCAUCCAAAUAAAUUAAGUGAAAUCAGAACAGAGCAAGUGCGAAAUUGCUCAAAACUUCUAUGUUGUUCAUACGAUAGUAAAGAAGAGAAAGCAAAUGUUUCCACCACCUCAUUCUACCAACGAAUUUCUACGCCAAGGUCCAAAGACACCUUGGAUGUCGGCUCUCUCGAUUUUCUCCUCACAUUAAUUCCUAACAAACCUCCUCAUAGCGAAUUAUUGCAAUUAGUGGAGAGUAUGUCACCAAUGGACUCCCCUGAACAGAGAUUAGAUUCGUUCUUGAAGGCAGCCGCUAUAAUCACAACGAUUCUAUACGAUGACGUUCCAAAAGAAGAACUUGCGAUCUAUGCCGAUGCCCUACUUCACUGCUUCCACCAAGCCAACAACCUCUCUAGGAAAGCUGUUCUUUACCUCAAGCCGAAUUCAAGAAAAACAAUAUGGAAAGGGGUGCAGAUGGCAUAUACAGAGCUGUUGAGAGUAGGAGCAAAGAACUUUCCUUCGUACCAUCCAGAGCGUAUAGCUUUGAUAGACGACCUUGCCUAUCUAUGUCAUCUUUAUGCCGAUGUUUGUGAUCAGGCUACCGUAACCAUAUGCAUGAUAGAAGCAGCUAGAGCACGAGCAGCUUCGGAUGAAAAAUUAGAUGAAGUUGAUCGCCUGAAGACUGCACAACGUCUAAAGGAGAUAGAUCAUCAUUUACUUGAAUGUCGCCGUCUUCAGCGUCUUCAGGACCUACGUACCACGAAAACGAAGAAGCCUGGCAAGCUAAAACGGCUAUGGAAAUUUCUAUUUAGGCGAUCUAAGAUAACCAAAUGA